CACAUUCCCUUUCUUACCCCUUUAAAUACCUCUCUCUCCCUUUCUCUCUUUCCCAAACCCAAACCCAUUUCAUUCCUCUACUUCUCUCUCUCUCCUUUCUCCAUCUCAAUUCAACCUCAACCGUCCGAUCUAAUCUCAUCUCAUCAAACACUCCAUGAAGCACUUGAUCAGACGCCUCUCGCGAGUCGCCGACUCAUCACAAUACUGUCUACUCCGUUCCGAUGCUUCAACCGCCUCUUCCCUCACUCGUCGUCAUCUCAGAACAGACUCAUUCAGAGUUAAGCUCCGUCGUCGUUCUUCUUCUACUCCGGCGCCGACGACCGUCGUUCCUGAAGGUCAUAUUCCGGUUUACGUCGGUGAUGAGAUGGAGAGGUUUGUUGUUAACGCUGAACUCUUGAAUCAUCCUGUUUUUGUUGAACUUCUCGAUAAAUCGGCUCAGGAAUACGGUUACGAACAGAAAGGUGUUCUUCGGAUCCCUUGUCAUGUUCUUGUCUUUGAACGAGUCCUUGAAGCUCUCCGAUUAGGUCAUGUUCAGUCACGUGACUUACGUGAUCUUCUCGGUUCUCAAUAUUCCUCCGAUGAUUUCAUCUGUGCCUGAUCAGAAUUUUCUUCCUCUCUCUCUUUUUAACUUUUUUUUUCCUUCUUCAUCUUUUUUUUUAAGAGACGAAGAAGAGUGAGAUCUUAGUAGAUUUCGUAAAUUAGGAGAAAUGAUUUUGGAUUUGCUGUAAAUAUACUUCUUCUCCUUCAAAACGACGCAGUUUCAUAACGAACACAGAAUUUUAGGUCUUCUUUUUUCUCUCUCUUUUUUUUUUUGUUCAGUGUAAAGAGAUAGAUUCUACUCUCUGUUUCUAUUAGUGUUCUCUGUUACUACAAACGAAUAUAUAUAUAAAUAUAGCCGUAGUUCAUUUUU